AAAUCUGUCCCAAGUUACUGAACCGUCACAUUUGUACGGUAUUCCGUCGGGACCACUUCAACCCUCACACUUUCGUCUUAAGGGCGCAAAGUUACUGUAGGAGGACGAAAGUGCGAAGAUGCAAAGGUGAAGGAGCGAUAAUAGUAUGAGUGCAAAGUGAGCGAUAGAAGUAUCGCUCCUUAGCCAUCACAUCGUCGCAAUUUAGCUCCUUCACCUCCACAUGAUGGGGCUACCCACACAUUGAAGGAAUUAAUUAAGAUCAAAUAGAUUUCAUCACAGGCACCCAAAUAUUUGGUUGCAUAAUGAAGGGGAAAAUUUGGUUGACCUCUCAAAGGGAAACAACUUUUGUGUCAAAAGUGUGGAUUUGACUGAUAUUUUCAGUCACAUUAUCAUUUUUCACAUGAUCGAAAACAUAUUUCUUACGGAUAUUUAUAAUGGGAAAUGUUGACAUCUUUUCUUCAUUGGAAAGCCACUCGGAAUACCUCGCAUAAUUUUUCAAUGUUAUCAUCUGGGUACUUUCAUGUCUGUUGCAAUGCAAAAUGAAAAUCCCUGUAAACAUAAUAUAGAGGGCAUUUAAAAAGGGAAAUCUUUUUUCAUACUUUUGAAAGAAUGUUGUUUGAAUCUGAAGUAUUCAUAAACAUUGUGUUAUUAAGCAAAAUGUGAAUCAAGAAUAUCCUGAGACAUAGUAUAGCAUUGUAAACAUAUAUAUUUGUCAAAUGAGCGGGUCUUUUAUAUAUCAAGUUUUAAUAUUGUGUGUCAGGCCUUGCUACAACUGCAAUGUUUUUGUUUCAGAUAAAGCUCCAGUUUGCAAAUGCAUUCUGGGAGCCAGUUUUCUGUCAUCGGUCCUCAUCAAUUUUCCACUGAGCCAGUAUCGACAUUUGUGCGUGUACGACUAUUCCCUGAUUGUUGAGAAGCAUCAACUUUGGCGUCUAAUCACAGCAAGAGUUGCCUUUCUUGAUGUCAAAGACCUAAUGAUUGGAAGCAUUUUGUUUUACUAUUUUAGAACAUUUGAGAGGAGAUAUGGUUCCAGAAAAUUUUUUGCACAGCUUAUAGGUUUUUUCUUGUUUGGGAGUGCUUUAGAGUUGUGUGCAGUCCAUAUCUGUAAACUUUUACAAUUCAAUAUGGUACCUCUGCCAUCUGGCCCAUUGUGCUUUAUUUACCCACUUUUUGUACCUUAUUUUAUGGAUAUUCCAAGAAUAGAAUUGGGAAAUGUUCUAGGAAUUCCUAUGACUGGAAAGUCAUUCCAGUAUUUUCUGGGACUGCAGGUUGCCAGUGGUUCUCUGGAGACAAUCAUAGUAGCAGUUUGUGGAAUAAUAUCUGGCAUAUUGUGGCGAAAGAACUUUUUAAAAAUACAGCAGCUAAUUGUGAUACCAAACACGGUAGCUAGUAUAGUGUAUAAAGUGUUUGGCAGAUUCAUUGAAUCUGCGGAGCCUAAAGACUCUGUGCUCCCAAUGGGAGCCACACUGGAGCUGCAGAGACAGGAAAGGAUGGACCAGAUAGAACAGCAGGUCUUGUUACAGUCCAUACGUGAUCAGGGGCCGCUCUACAAUCCCAAUCAGGGGGCAGCUUAUAAUCCCAAUCAGAAUGGCCCAGGAUUGUUUGGAGCUUUGAAUGAUGAGAUACCAUAUGCAGAUCUUGAUGAAGGACUUAGGCAAAGAAAUGUUCCAGCUCCAGAUCCACCGUCUGAUGAGCAGAUCCAGCAGCUGGUUGACAUGGGAUUUAGCGAGGAGAGAGUCCGAAGAGCUCUGCUUAUGUCUCACAAUGACCUCAACAACGCCACAAACUUUCUGCUCCAAGAGUCUUUGUGAAAGGCGACAGUGGAUUAUCAGUGUGCUACAGACUGUAACCAAAGACAAAUGUUUACAAAGAAUAUUCUGUGGAAAUCAUGCAACUGUUUUGUUUGGGAAGGUUGGAGAUAUCUAAAAGUGACAUAUACAUGUACAAAAAAUGUUAUUACACCUGAUCAAUAGUUAAAUGUACUGGCACAUGUAAUGCACAUGUAAAAAUCAAUGUACAUGUACCCUCUAAAUCCAAUUUACAGUGAAGCAUUCAUAUUUUAUUUAAUCAUGUUUGUAAAGGAAAGGUUAUUUUUUGGACAGUGUCUGAUUAAACUGCUUUCUCCUCAAUUUUUUAGAACUAAAUUCAAAUACGUGUAAAACCAUCUCACACUUCGAAAAAUGAAUUUGUAAAUGUAUGAUUGUGAAUAUUUCACUGAAAGCAAUGUUGUUAAGGAUGUUCCAAAAUUUUGUUGUAAUCAUGUUUAAUAGUUGAUGCAUUGAAUACCUAUAUUGGUAUAUAAUGCACAUGAAACUGACAUGUACAAGUUGUAUAUUUAGCUUACCUGUUGAUGUUCCAGAUUUGCAAAGCUAUAUUUCUAGUCUUUGUAAAUUCUGAAUGUUAUCUCCUGUGUUUCCUGUUUCCACUUGUCUGCAUAUCUCCUGAUGGACUUUAUUAAUUUCUCUCAAAUGAAAUAUGGGCUGUUACAUGCAACUGCUUUAAACUCCCCCCC